AUUCUUUCAAGUACGUUGACAUAUUUAUAAGUAUAAUUUUAAAGCCGAGUCCCAACGAUGUUCCGGAAUCAGUAUGACAGCGAUACGACGGUGUGGAGUCCGCAGGGCCGCCUCUUCCAGGUGGAGUACGCCAUGGAGGCAGUGAAGCAGGGAGCGGCUACGGUGGGAUUGAAGAGCAGUGACUUUGCAGUGCUCAUCGCCCUGUGUCGCACAUCGAAGGACACGAACACGCUGCAGAGGAAGAUCAUGCCGGUGGAUGCGCACGUGGGGAUGUCGAUAUCCGGAUUGACGGCGGAUGCCCGCCAGGUGUGCCAGUACAUGAGGACCGAGUGCAUGGCCUAUCGGCACUCCUACGACUCGGAGUUCCCCAUUCGCCGUUUGGUGGCCAAUCUGGGCAACAAGCUGCAGGCCACCACCCAGCGAUACGAUCGGCGUCCCUAUGGAGUGGGAAUGCUGGUGGCGGGCUACGAUGAGCAGGGACCGCACAUCUUCCAGGUGAUGCCCACGGCCAAUGUCCUCAAUUGCAAGGCGAUGGCCAUUGGAGCACGUUCGCAGAGUGCCCGCACCUAUUUGGAGCGGAACAUGGAGGAUUUCGAGGGCUGCACCAUGGACGAACUGAUCUGUCACGGGAUUCAGGCCAUUCGAGGAUCUCUGGGCCACGAUGAUAGCUCCAAUCUCACCAUCAAUGUGGCCAUCGUGGGCAAGAACCUACCCUUCAAAAUGUUCACGGAUGCCGAGAACCAUAUCUAUCUUACUAUGGCCAAAGUAUUGGGUCAACCUUUGUCAGGGGAGCAAGAUGCUCUAUCUGAGGGCGGAAUGAGCGAUGAUGAGAUGCUGGAUCAGGGACCAAGUGGCAGUGGAAUGCCGGGCAAUGGUGCAUCCGAUGCUGACAUCAAUGCCUCCUCAAGUGGCCAUUAGGCACUCUAAUCAGAUUAGAUUUCGCUUAAAAAGUAUAACAAAUUGUUUGUUUUGUUAAAAAUAUUAUUAAAGUUUUCUGGGCAUUAUCAA